AUGAAGGGAUGGGACGGAAUCACCGCGAAGGGCUCGCCAGUGCCAGGGUUUGACGUGCGGAAACGGGUGGCACUAGCAGUACAGCAUGUAGAAGCUGGUGCAGACAAGACUGAGACUGCGUGUAAGGGUUUGAACUGGAAUGAGGGUGCAUACUGCACAUACUACCUACGCCGCGUGGACCUAGCCGAUGACGACCUUGAGCGGCGACGUAGUUUGGCAGGACUGGUCGAAGGGCUGAAGACCGUCUUAACCAGGUGUUUGGCACCUGCAUUGAAGACACUACAAGCUCUUCAAAUCGCCCACACGACGGAACAGGCGAGAGCAGCAGAGGAGGAGGAGGGCCCCAGAGAUCUAAAGAAGUCUGCGGUCGUGUUAGUUGAAGUCCAGAGCGAAGGACUCAUGCUCGCGCGCGCCCAUCCUCCGGAGCUCUUUCACCCUCCGUCGCACGACGAAAACCAAUGGGUCUAUUCAAGUUUGAGUGCUACUCCACGCAACCAGCGUGGCGACUUCGUUCAAGGCAAGGCAAUUCCUGUUCUUCAAGGCAUUCUAAUGGCAAUUGCGGCCAAUGCAAUGUCAUUAGACUUGCACCCUUGCAGGAAGGCUCGUCACCUGCCGACCAGUGCUAGACAACUCGUCGUGACUGCAACGCUACAAAGCAUUCCUGCGGAAGUCUUCCUAUUUGCCAGGCUCGAGGGUCCCGGUCCUGUGCCAGCACGAACCAAGGUCGGCGACGACGCAACAAACCUGUUUCCUCUCCACGUCGCACUAGCCGGGCUCCACAACCAAGCAUUGCUCAUGCGUCCGAACACUGGCUUCUUCACCUGUCUCAGACUCAGCGUCGGGGUCAGAUACGGAUCGCUGAGAGCUCUGGGGCUGAUCCCGGCCUCUGCUGCCGCAUCCCGCAUCCUGUUGCGUUACUGCUCUUCGUUGUCCUUCGAGCGCAGGUCGCCCGCUAGCGCGUGGAACGCGCGUUUGCGAAGUGAGCUGCAACGUGCCUGGCUCAUGGAUGCGUCCAAACGAAGGAGUGUUGGUCCAGGGCCGGACACGGCACCUUGCCGUGUCCCGCGAUCAGGACAUGACUUGCAGCAGUCAAGGAGACAUUCCUUGGUGCCGACACGAGGCAGUAGCGCAGUGAGAGUUGACGAAAUUGCAGUGAGGGCUGACGAGAGCACAGUGAGGGCUGAUGAGAGCGCAGCGAGCAAGUCGGGGCACCCGUGUACUAGGCCGUGGAUCGCGGUGAAUGCGCGAAUGGCGGCUUUAUGGCGAGACCGAGGCAUCGACAGCGUGGGGACGGGGCGCAAGACGGCGGGAGGACGAAACAGUGAUAAUGAGUGCACAACGGAGUCCAAUGCAAGACGAGUUGAGGACGCGGUCAAAGAGCGGAGCACGUGCAACGCGGCAGCCAGCCGAGGGACCAGUGGACAGAAAAGGAAGGUGGACUAUCCAGAUUCCCUUCCGGUCCUGUCCAGUCCUUUCCAUUUUGCCUUCAGCUACGCCACACCACUCCUUGUUCAAAACAUCCCACUCACAUUCUGUCAUUAUUGGUGCACUCAACGGUCACCUCUCAUUCAAAGUCCAGUAGGAAUGCCGGGGUAUAUUGGCAUGGGCUUGCCCGAAAUCCAGCGGAUGAUUUGGCAGGAGAUGAUGCUCUGCAAUCAUUUCUUGACUAUCGAAAUCUCAGGAAUCAUGAUGUUCAGGUGGCUUCCCACAGAAGUAUUGGAUUGCAUGCAUAUAAUUGACUCCUCUGCUCAGGACAAACUCUUGCUUGUAUCCUGCAAGUGGGUUGAAACCAUCAAUAUACUUCUUCCUGGAAGUUUGGAGGGUGGCAGAACCUUUUCAGUUGCCUGGCAGGAGUCUAGAUUUGCCUGGUCAAACCUCACCAAUCUCACCAAUCUCACCAAUCUCACCAUAAGCUACCAUCACAAAGAACCUGCUCCACUGCUGCCCUACAUGUGCAUUGCUCCCCAUCUUCCUCCCACACUUCAAGUCCUCAGACUCAGGCCACACAAUGUGCAUGAAUAUGAUCUGACCGCUAUCCUCUACCCAAUCAGAGGUUUCUGGACAAACAAUGCAUCAUGGUCUUCUCAAAUAGCUGCAUUCAAGAAUGUCCCAGUUUUUCAUUUCCAUGCCAACUUCUACCUGAUAUGGCCUCCUUAUUCCACUGGGGUCAAUGACAAGUUAUGUACUAGGUGGACCACUGGUCUGAGGGGAUUGUCUGAGUUGGCUAAUUGGUCUCUUGAAGAUGGAAAGAUGUCCAAGAUAGUGAUCAGUGUUGCUGCAGACUUGGAUGAGCAAUAUCUGCUUGGAGCUAUUGAGGAGCUCAGAGAGGAACAGCAUCUCACCAACCAGGAAUUGAUCAACCAGGGCUACAGGGACACAGAUUGGGAUUUAGAUCACUGUGAUAUGGAGUUCACAUGUGCAUACACCUGGAGAAGGCUGGACUCUGGAAGGUGGGAUACAUCAAUACUUCCCAUGGAUCAUGCAGAGGAGGCUGUCACAUAUAUGAAGUCUAGCUCAUAUAUGGCACUUGAGCUGGACAGUAGGAUAUAG